AUGUCCUUCCAAGCUCAAUUAGAUCAGACAAACGAUCAAUUAAAUCAAGAUCAAAAUCAACCAAAUCCUGGCCAAGAAGGCCAAAAUCCAACGGUAGAAAAUGCUAAUCAACGAAAUCAAGAUACAAUGAAUCAAAUAGAAGAUCGAGUAUUAACGAGAGCUGAGGCAGCGGCGAAAGGAGGUAGACCGAGCUCUAGACUCAUAACUCCUAAACAAGGCGCAAACGGGAGGAACACCAACAGGAUUAGCACCGGAUCUAACCAUACCCCGAGGAGCCUUCGAGGAAGUGGUAUUCAGAAGAAAAGUCAAAGGCCGGCUGGAAUUAAGAAAACAAAAGGAAUCAGACAGCAACAAAAGAAGAAGAAGAACGACGUCAGAAAAGGUGGAAAGGAAUUAGGUCCAUUAGAAGAGAUUCAUUCAGAACAACAGGAGACAGAAGAGUGGGGAGGUAUAGAAGAAGGUUUGAUGGGCAUGGAGGGAGAGGAAAUAGGGGGUAAGGAAGUGACUCAACAAGGUGAGCGUUACAUUUUGAUUUUCCAAUGUCAAUUCCUCUUCUUCCCGGUAAGAAGACCUUCGCUAUUUUCACUCUCAAAUCCACCAACAUUCAGUCAAAUACAAUCUCUUUAUCGAUUUGUCCACCGUCAAUUUCCUCUGUGA